GAGAGGGAGAUGCUGCAUCAACCCGGCAUGCAGCAGCAGUAGCAGGCUGUGCUGUGGGAUCCAUUGUUCCAUGUUUUUCCACAGCCGGAGCGUAUUCCUUCCCAUUCAAACACCACGGCAGAACAAGCAAAGAAAAGGACAGAGACAUUAAGGGAUCUCAGCUUUGUCUGGCCAGGAUUAUUUCUAUUUGGGAACAUUGUUGUGGACAAAGGAGGAACCACACUUCAGCUCUUUGCUGUUGUCCAGGCUUGCAAUUGACUGCAUUGGGAAGUACGAGCUGGCAGCGUGGUGGCCAUGGGACCGCCUGGUGGAGCUCGACUUGUGCUGGGGGUUUUAAAACAACCAGCAUGUCUCUUCAUCUGGAGGUUAUCACUGCUCUUUUUCUCCAUGUGGGCACUUGAUGCACAAACCACUGUAGAAACUAAACCCUUAUACAUCUGGCAAACAGGUCCUUGGGGUCGGUGUAUGGGAAGCGAGUGUGGACCUGGAGGCAGCCAGAGCAGAGCAGUAUGGUGCGCCCAUUCUGAAGGCUGGACCACUCUCCACACAAACUGUGACCAGACAGAGAGGCCAGACAAUCAGCAGAGCUGCUUCAGAGUGUGUGACUGGCACAAAGAUCUGUACGAAUGGCAGCUGGGUGCUUGGAACCAGUGUGUCCCAGUGAUGAUGCGCAGUGCUGGGGUGCAGCGGCCAACAGUGUGCACAAAGGGAGAGGAGGGCAUCCAAACACGGGAAGUGGGCUGUGUUCAGAAAUCUGAUGGCGAGCCUGCGGAGGACGUAAUUUGUGAAUACUUUGAACCUAAACCAAGGCAGGAACAGGCCUGUCUCAUUCCGUGUCCUCGGGACUGUGUGGUGUCUGAGUUCAGCCCGUGGACUUCAUGUUCUAAAACAUGUGGGAUUGGCUUACGGAAUCGGAUACGCUUUGUUCUGGCACCACCACUGUUUGGUGGGUCCGCCUGUCCAAAUUUGACUGAAUUUCAGACGUGUCAGCCCGGCCUGUGUGAGGGAGAGGAAAACCUUUACAGUCUCAGAGUUGGACCUUGGGGCUCCUGUUCUGUACCUUUACCAAGGAUAGCCAGACAAGCUGAAAAACCACCCAAGGAAAGCAGCAAGAGAUCCAGAGAAAUUGACAAAUCUGCUAAAGAGGGCAGCAAACAGUCAAGAGAUGGUGAAACACCAUCCAGAGGAGGUGACAAACAGGCCAGAGAAGAGGGCAAACAGUCCAUGAGAGAAAGAAAAAAGAUGAGAGAUGAUGAAAAACAGUACCAAGAAAAGGACAUAAAGUCCACAGAAGGUGAGGAAAAAGUGUCCAAAAAUGGUAACAAACCAUCUUUGAGCAACAGAAAAUUGGUCAGAGAAAACAGAAAACAGGGCAAGGCAUUCAGACAGGCAGACCGACCCAAACGACAGAAAAAGGUAAAAAACAAGGCAAAAAAAGAAAAAAUGAGAGAAAAAGGCAAAGGAAGAUUAAGAGAAAAGGGGAAAACAAAAGACCCAGAGACCAGAGAGCUAAUCAAAAAGAAGAGGAACAAGAAUCGCCAGAACCGCCCAGGAGGAAAAUUCUGGGAUCUGCAAGUUGGCUACCAAACCAGAGAAGUGACCUGUGUACACAAGAGGGGGACCAUUGAAGCUCUGAGCCUUUGUUCUCAGGAGAUGCUGCCAGUGACCUUUCAGGCCUGCGUGAUUCCCAGAGACUGUGAUGUGACUGAGUGGUCUGGAUGGUCAGCUUGCUCCAAGCAGUGCUACUACAACCCCAAUGGGGCAAAAGGGGAGCGCAGUCGCAACAGGAAAGUGAGCCAAUUCCCAAUAGGUGGAGGAGUGGAGUGCCCAGAACUUGAAGAAAAAGAGCCGUGCAGCCCCCAGGACGGGGUGGUUCCUCCAUGCACUGUCUACACCUGGAAAACCACAGAGUGGACAGAGUGUAGGGUGGACAUGCUGCUGAGCCAGCAGGAUCGUCGGCGUGGAAACCUGACAGGGUUGUGUGGAGGUGGAAUCCAGACACGCGAGGUCUACUGUGUGCAGGCCAGUGCUGUUGCUCCAUCUAAUCUCAGUUCACUGAGGAGUAGAGAAGGUUUGCGGCCAGUGGACAGUGAACUGUGUUUGGGAGUUCCUCCGAAUACCACACAGCUCUGCCAUAUCAGCUGCCCUGUGGAAUGUGAGGUGUCUUUGUGGAGCGCUUGGGGACCUUGCACUUAUGAGAACUGUCAAGACCAGACCAACAAUAAAGGUUUUAAACUGAGGAAGCGAAGGAUCAUCAAUGAGCCUACAGAUGGGACAGGAAACUGUCCUCAUCUAGUGGAGGCCAUACCAUGUGAAGACCCCAGCUGCUUUGAGUGGCUCGUGGUUAAACUGGAGGAAUGUGUUCCUGACAAUGAGAAGGAGUGUGGUCCUGGUACGCAAAUCCCCCAAGUCCAGUGUAUCAACAGUGAUGGUGAAAAAGUAGGGAAGCAGCUCUGCCGGGAUGCCAUCCUUCCAAUGCCUACCAUCUGUGAGGUGCCUUGCUCCAAGGACUGCGCUCUAAGCCCUUGGACUCCCUGGUCAUUUUGCUCCCACACCUGCUCUGGAAAAAACACAGAGGGGAAGCAGACCCGAGUGCGUUCCAUACUUGCUCAUAACGCAGGAGAAGUGACUGCUAAAGUUGUGGCAUGGGUUUCUGUGAUGCAGGGUCCUUCGCUAUUGUCGCUGGUCCAGCCAGUAUUUGGAGGACUCCAGUGUCCCAAUGUCAGUGCACUGCAAGAGAUGAGGAACUGCAAUGAGCAUCCAUGCACUGUGUAUCAUUGGCAAACGGGUCCCUGGGGGCAGUGCAUCGAGGACUCUUCAGGUCCAAACACUAACACGUCUUUGGGGAGAACGCGUGGCGAUGACAUCUCAUGCUCAGUGGGAAUGCAAACCCGCAAAGUAAUUUGUGUCCGAGUCAAUGUGGGCCAAGUUCCUCCUAAAAAGUGUCCAGAGAGUCUCCGUCCAGACACUGUAAGGCCGUGCCUGCUUCCCUGCAAAAGAGACUGUACUGUCACCCCAUACAGUGACUGGAGCUUCUGCCCCCCGGUGUGUCAAACAGGUGGAAAGACUAAGAGUAAACAGUACAGGAAGCGGAUGAUCAUUCAGUUACCAGCUAAUGGAGGACAGGACUGUCCUGAGAUUCUGAGUCAGGAAAGAGAGUGUGAAGCACCAUCUGUCUGUCAUGGCUACAGAUGGAAAACCCACAAGUGGCGUAGAUGUCAGCUCGUUCCAUGGUCUGUCCGACAGGACACUCCAGGAGCUCAGGAGACCUGCGGUUCAGGCAUUCAGUUCCGAGCCGUUUCUUGUCGAAAGCUGGAUGGUGGGCAGGCAGACGUUGAGGUUUGUCUCAAGCUUGCCAGCCCCAUGCCUCCUCUCACCCAGCUGUGCCAUCUUCCAUGUCAAGAUGACUGUCAGCUCAGUAGCUGGUCCAAGUUUUCUACCUGCACAGCUGACUGUGUGGGCGUCAGAACCCGCAAGAGGAUAUUAAUAGGAAAAAGCAAAAAGCGUGAUCAAUGCAAAAACAACCAGAUGUAUCCUCUAAGUGAAAUGCAGUACUGUCCAUGUAAUAAAUACAACGCCCAGCCUGUGGGCAACUGGUCAGACUGUAUUCUCCCUGAGGGCAGUCGCAUGGAGAGCCAGCCUGGUGUGAGGGUUCAGGGAGACAUGAAGGAGUGUGGCCAAGGAUACCGCUACCAAGCCAUGGUGUGCUAUGACCAGGACAAUCGCAUAGUGGAAACGUCUCGCUGCAACAGUCAUGGGUAUAUCGAGGAGGCUUGUAUCACCCCCUGUCCAUCUGACUGCAAAUUAAGUGAAUGGUCCAACUGGUCACGCUGCAGCAAGUCAUGUGGCAGUGGGGUCAAAGUUCGCUCUAAGUGGCUCAGAGAAAAGCCAUACAAUGGUGGAAGACCUUGUCCCAAACUGGACCAUGUGAACCAGGCUCAAGUGUAUGAGGUGGUGCCCUGCGUCAGUGACUGUGGACAGUAUGUUUGGGUGACAGAACCUUGGAGUGUAUGGAAGGUCAGCAGUGUGGACCUGAAGAGUAACUGUGGUGAAGGUGUGCAGACCCGAAAGAUCAGGUGUAUGCUCAACACAAUAGAUGGCCCAUCAGAGCAGGUGGAGGAUUACCUCUGUGACCCAGAAGAGAUGCCUCUGGGAGCCCGGAACAGCCGCCUGCCCUGCCCUGAGGACUGUGUGCUAUCAGACUGGGGAGCCUGGAGCGCAUGUCCUCUGCCCUGCAGUGAGAACAGUACACGGGUCAGGGUUGCUUUCCCACUCCGGAAGCCAGGAAAGGAGAAGAAAUGUCCUCCGACUAAAGAAGCUGAAUCGUGUAAAAUCAACCGCAACUGCUUUCACUACUCAUACAACAUCACAGACUGGAGCACCUGUCAGCUCAGUGACAGAGCGGUUUGUGGAUAUGGCCUCAAAACCCGCAUGCUUGACUGUGUGCGUAGUGAUGGAAAAUCUGUGGACCUCAGUUUUUGUAAAGAGCUGGGUCUAGAACGGAAGUGGCAGAUGAAUGCUUCCUGUGUGGUGGAAUGUCCUGUCAACUGCCAGCUGUCUGAAUGGUCACCAUGGUCGGAGUGUACACACACCUGUGGCUUGGCAGGUACACUGUUUCGGACACGAACUGUAAUUCAGGCCCCUCAAGGUGAUGGCAGGCCGUGCCCAUCACAGAUGAAACAAUGGAAGCCUUGUCUACUAAAGCCAUGCUACAGCUGGCGAUACAGCGCCUGGUCGGACUGCAAGUCAGAUGGGGCGAGGUGUGGGGAAGGCAUGCGCUUCAGGAACGUGUCCUGCUUUGUGUCCGAUGGUUCUGGUCAGCAGGACAGCAGCGUGGUUGAUGAAGAGCUAUGUGGAGAUGUUGAACUUUCAGUGAAUGGAGACAGACAAAUUAUUCUGCAGGAACUUUGUACUGUCCCGUGCCCAGGAGAUUGCUACCUGACAGAAUGGACUGUCUGGAGUCCAUGUCAGUUAAGCUGUGUGAGUGGGGAUGACCUUGGUUUUGGCUCAAUCCAAGUUCGAUCCAGAGCCGUAGUUGCUCAGGAUCCUGAAAACCUGCUUGAGUGUCCUGAACAAGAACUGGAGGCACGGCCAUGUGCAGGUGGACAGUGUUUUGAAUACAAGUGGAGGACUGGAACAUGGAGAGGUUCAUCUCGUCAUGUCUGGUGCCAGCGCUCUGAUGGGCUGAAUGUCACAGGUGGUUGUCUGGCAGCAGCCAAGCCAUUGGCGGAUCGAUCUUGUGACCCUCCUUGUACUAAACCAUGGUCUUUGUGCACAGAGGCAGGUGUGUGUGGCUGUGAAGAGGGCUACACUGAAGUGAUGACAUCUGACGGUGUGUUGGAUCAGUGUACUGUCAUCCCAGUGCUGGAGAUCCCAACUGCAAGUGACACCAAAGCUGACGUGAAGACCAUCCGAGCCUACAACCCCAUCCAACCUGCAGCCAGCGCACCGGGCAGAGCAGGGAGAACCUGGUUCCUGCAGCCUUUUGGUCCAGAUGGGACCCUGAAGACUUGGGUGUACGGAGUUGCAGCAGGAGUGUUCGUUUUACUCGUCUUUAUCAUUUCAAUGACAUACUUAGCCUGUAAUUGUGGUCGGUGCCUUUGCCUCAAGUCGAGGUCUGGUUGUCCCUCAGACGGGGCUUACUGGAUGGAACCAAGCACCUGCACAGUGCCUUACACCUGCCCUGCCUGCCAGAAACUAGAACAAGAUGAGUUCAAUCGGCAGAGCCAUCUCCAUCAGUGUGUUGCACCUCUGCAGCAGCCGCCACCUUCACAACUGGAGCACUCUCUGCCACCACCUCACUUUGAAACUCUUAUCACUUAGUCAGGGACACGCUCACUUCCUGUUGCAUCACUACACAACCAAACAGCAGGUGCCUUAACACAGAACAGCUUUUCUCUCCCAGUGGAUCCUGUCCUGUGGUGAGGUGAGCUGGACAUCACACACUCCAAAUGACCGCAGGGUUGUAUUGCAGAGAGCUCUCUCCACAUCACCGCCACAGAAUGGCAGAAGAUUUAUUCUCUAGAAACAAUUUUGCUGCAAUGAAAAAAAUCAACAAAAACAAACCUUUUUGUAACAGGUUUACAUGGAAAUAAAGUCUUUAGCAGAGAAGCCCAGUGAAAACAGCAGUUUAUCAGCUCAGAAUAUUAAUUAAAAUGUAUUUAGAUAAUAAUGUAUAUGAAAAAUAUUUUCAGUAUUAAAGCACCUGAAAGGGAAAGGAGUGUAGUAAGUAAUUCAUCUAAAAGCUCAACACUUCACAGGUUGUAGUUAUUACUACUGUGGCACCAUCUAGUGGUCAUCCCUUUACAUAUCAUUCUCAUACAAAGUCAUUUUGUUCGUCAGCCUUAAAGUCAUCUGCAAUGUUUCUGGGUUGAGAUCAGAAUGUUUAAAAAACAAUUGUUGUUGUUUGUUCAAUGUGCAGUAAAAAGCCAAAGAAGCCACAGCGGCGGCAAAUGAACAACAGACUGAAGCCUCUGACUCUGGCCUAUGAUGGAGACGCCGACAUGUAGAAGUCUUCCUCCUUACAGACGUACUGGGCAAAAUUUUGUCCUCACUCGGGACGCAGGGUUGCUGGUAAUACCCACUAGUGUCAGGAUCACUACUGGACAUUGGUCAGCAAAUAUGCAGACUAAGUUUCUGACGGAAAAAGAAACCUCUGAGCUCAAGACACUACAACUCUGUGUUUAUUAGCAGCUUUGAUGUUUCCAUUUUAACAUUUUAAAUGUAAUUUUUUUUAAAUAGCCUUCAUGACUUCACUAACUUCCUCUGGAAGUCUGCCUUUGCUUCUUUGACAUCUACUACCACAAAUUGCAUUCUGAUCAUAUUUAGGGGAGAGGAGGAAACCAGAAGAGAUUUGCUAUAAAAGCACAAAUAUUCAGUCAUUAGUUGUUCAUUUCUUAACAGCUUACUUGCAUGGUCUUUGCUCUUGGUCCUUCAAAGAACAUUUUGUCUUCUCUUAGUCAUUGCUUGAUGGACGGAACUGAAAAGUAAAAAUUUCACCAAAAAAAAGGGAAAGCGAGCCCAAAGGAUCCUCGAACUGCUGUCAUCCUGCCUGCCUCUCCCUUCGUAUUUCCAGGCGUAAUUUUGCACUAUAUUAGUGCAGCAUGAUAUGUACUUAUGUCUCGCUUUGCCAUAUGAAAACUGCCUCUCUCAAUACAAGAUGAUGUACAACUCUUGUGCUAGAAAUGUACAAAAAUACCUUUUUGCUAACAGAACUUAACAAUGUUUGAUAAUUUUUUUGUAAUACCUCUUGUAUGUUGUACAACAGAAUUUUGUAAAUAGAUUUUCAGUGAUUUCACUUUGGCUAUCUAAUACACAAUGUAAUGCUCCAAAUCUCUGUUGUAGCCUUUAUUUGAGCGGGUAACUGUGACUUUACAUUAGGAUUUUUGACCAUUUUAGGAAAUUUAAGUUACAUCAAGAAAAUACCCUUACCCAGCUGAAACUACUAGAUUAAAAAUCUCUCACUAAUCUAUACAUUUCUGAUCAAAAUCUUAAGAAAGGGCAACGCUGUUUGCAUUUUGUGCUGGUGGUUUGUAACCAGGUUGUCAGCUGGUUUCUAUAUGCAAAAAAAGAAACAGGAGCAAGAGAGAAAACAAACAAUGUAACAUUUUAUUGAAUACAUAGUAAGUUGCUCCACUCAUAUCAGACUUUUUAAACAUUCGCCCAUCCCCAAAAGUUUUCUGUGGGAUUUCAUUCAAGAUAAUCCAAACGAGGCUCUAAAGACGACAAGCUGCUUUGUCAGGUGGCAGAUAGAUGCAACCCCAACCUUUCUGGUCAUACUGUCCGCUUAAAUGACUUCUACUUUAGAUCUGUCUUCACAGCUCUAUGAAGAACUACUCAUUCACAUUGGAAGCCAUCAGGUCCAUCUAAUAACUUUUAUUCUCAUCAGAAAAUGUUAAGAUAUUCAGCCUUUCAAUGGGCUGGCAAAUCUAAAUGGCCAUGUUUGUAGUGUGGUCUUUGAAGACUUUUAUUUUGUUCUUUAAGGCCGUCUCUCAGAAGUCGCCUUUAUGAUAACUGAACUGUAGUCAGAAUUAGUCAGGACCUUAAUUUGAGAAGGAUUAGCUUGUGUCUUCACAGGCAACAAAACAUCUAGCUCAUUGCAGGUGAAACCUCUUUAGGCCUACCUUUAGACUUUUUUGUCCCAUAAUGUUUUAGAGGUUUAUAAUGAAUCUCUUACUACAUCCAGCUUUGGCAGUCAUGGCACUUUGUGAGACAAACUUUCUUGCGCAGCUCAACAAUCCUGCCACAUCCAAAGACAGAGAACGUCUUCCUACUUUUGUCUUCCUGACAAAAGCAGGAAUACUUUUGUCAGGACAGAACUGAAAAGUAUGAAUACUUUUGUCAGGGGAACUUGACAAUGUAAUGAAAAUGACAUGAAAUACCCAGAUUUUAACUGUUUGAGGCAGGUCUGAAUAGAAUCUUAAACUUUCGACCAUCUGACAAUUAGGUCUGUUUGAGUUUAAAUACACAUUUACCUCUAUUAUCCACAAAAAGAAGUAUCUUGCUUCUGUGUUUUCAUGUUGCAUAUUGCUGUUCUUGCAGAGGUCAUCAUCCACCUUUGCAUGAAAUGUGAAUACUUCAAAAUUCUUUAACAUUUUAACCAGAAAUGGAUUCCAGUUUUCACAAGUUGUUGUUCUUUUCUUUAUUUUGUUUUUAGAAAUAUAGUUGUUUAUCUUUGAUUACUUUUUCUGCUACUUAAAGGAAACCCAUUAUGCAAAAUGUACUUUCUGAUUCCUGCUACUGGAAUCACAAACUGCUAAUGAUGCGGACAGUAGCAGUUUAUUUGCAUAAAAGUGACAGCAAUAAAACAGCUCAUUCUGAAAGGAGUUCAAAGUAGGCAGAACUAAACAGGUGGAAUAUCAUUGUCUUAAAAUGAUUUUGUGCAAAAAAUGUAAAGAACAUUGUCUGUUUCGCCCAUAGAUCAAUGUUUCUCAGUUCCAGUCCUCAGGAGCCACUGCCCUGUGUGUUUUAGAUGUGUCUUUGUUCCAGAACACCUGAUCCAAAUGAUAGCA